GUAAAAGCAAGUUGUGUUGACAGCUAGCUCAGCUAGCUUGAUGCUAGGUAGUCUUGCGUCAAGACCGAGCCUUGGCAAAUCCCUUACCGACUCUCAUGGUUUUACAGGUCUUCCGGCCACAUUUUAUUCAUGCAGCAUAUAGUAUCAGUGUGAAACAUGCAGGACAGGUAUAGUGACAGUUUUGUCCAGCAUAUACUCGGUUUAGUGCCGAGAAAAAAUGGCACACACCGAGGGAACGACACAUCUCUCAGCGACUUCUCAGAGAUGUGGUAUGGAGUGUUUCUAUGGGCAGCCGUCUCCUCUCUGGUCUUCCACGUGCCUGCAGCUCUGCUUUCCCUCGCCACGCUUCGCCAGCACAAGAUUGCCCGAUUCAUGCCCAUCGCCAUCCUCCUCAUGGGCAUCUUGGGACCAGUUUGUGGGGGAGUCCUCACCAGUGCAGCCAUAGCAGGUGUUUACAAGGCAGCAGGAAAGACGAUGAUAUCUUUGGAGGCUCUUGUUUUUGGUGUAGGACAGUCAUUUUGUGUCCUCAUCAUCUCCUUCCUCAGGGUACUUGCCACCCUUUAGCAGUACUGGGGCCCACCUGGCUGGCCCUGACGCUGCUGGGUGAGUCUGACACCAGUCGCACCUUCUCUUGACAGGACCUGAGGUUGACAUGGUACAAGACUAGAUCCCUGACAAAUCAUGGGACACAUGUACACCAGUCAGACCCAGGACAUGAUGUCAUUUCCUACUGAUGGACCAAGACCGGAGUGGAUUUUAUUCAGCCCUCAAAGAAUGAGCAGUGUGUAAACCGGAGCUGUGUGUUAUGCAGCACUAAGCCUUGUGAUUUGCUCGCCAUCUGUAUGAUGUCUACUGUGGGACAGCACAAUGCUGCAUUCACAUCAUGGGGCAAACGCACACUACAUACAACAUACACUACAGGCUCUUUAUUCAAAGUUUCUCAGAACUUUGGACAACUUUGAGGAUGCUGUCCCAGGGUUAGCAGCAUUUUUAAAUAAUCAUAAUGAAAUAACUUUGCAGUUAUUCCUGUAUGAUGUGAAGGCAGCAAGAUGCUGUUCUCCCCUGUUGCUGGGGUUACAGGUUAGCAGCAGGACGACACUAACCUUUCUCAGGGGCUGUGUGUAUGUGUGUUUGUGUGUCUUUCUCUAUCAGUCUGACAACAGUUUGACUCCAUGCAGUGACUGCAGCGAGGCAGAAUAACAGGCUGAUGCACUGUUGAGACAGGAAGAUGUUGGUUAUAUGCAAGAUUCUGGCUUUUUUUCCUUGAUGCCUUAAUUUCUAUUUUCUAACUUCCAAAGUGGUGUUUAUCUUCAGGGCUGUCUUUGUUUAACACUGUCUCUUGCUGCGCCUUUUGUUCUUCCUCAUAUGUUUGGUUCAGACUGAUCCAAGUCUGACUGCCUGUAUGUUAUUGUUAAUUCCAAAUGAGUUAGAAGCACCUUCAACAUGUCCCCCUCUAGUUUUAUCAGCUCAUUUAUUUUAGGUUUUUAUAGAUAACGUUUUUUAUGGGACAUGACAUUUUGCCCUGCAAAUGCAGCCUAGAGAAUGUCUUCAGUUUCUUGGUUUGUUUGUUUGUUCUGACAUAGAUGAGAGGUAUGAACAUGGGGCCACCAGGAUGGUCAGAUAAUUAAACUAACCCCAAAUAUGAGAGGAGAUUAUGAUCGUUUCUUUUCUCUCUUUGAAUGAAUUUACAGGUGUGUCAUUUUGUGACAGUGAACUGAUUUGUAGAUAUUCUAAAUUAUUUCCAGGUCUUUGUAGACUUUCAAUCUUUAUGACCAAAUAUGAUUUGCUGGUUUAUUUUUCUGCAUUGAAUGAGCAGAAGAUGGUUCAAAAGAAGUGUAUCAUCAAAGUUGCUUUUGGUAGCUGACAAGUGCUUUUGAAUUAAUGUCAUGUGCAACUUGCAUAUACAGACAUAGAUGAACUCUACAUUAAUACUUUGAUUUGUUAAAGCAAAAGAUGGAGCUUGCAAGUGAUGCGGUUUGCUGUUUCUGUAUUAGCUUAGCAAUGAUUUCAAACUAGCUGCUGACACCAUUACCAGAAAUGUAUUUAUUGUAGGACUUUGACAUUUUGUUUGCUUUAGUCUGAUAUUUAAUUUUUGUAUCUCUUUCUUGAUGAAAAGCUGAUUCUGUCAACACUGCAUUGAUUCAUUUCCACAAAACAACAUGUUGACACAAAAAUCAAGGAAUUAUUUUGGCAUCAGCCACACAUCAUUUGGUUCCAAUGAAUUCAAUGAAAAUGUCUUUACUUGACUAUAAACAGCGCUGAAUUAAUCUAUUAGAGAGCCCAUGGCAAAAAAAUGGGCUACGGCCCCCCAGGUUCCCCAAGUUAGUUUUAGAGUUGCAUAGGGAUAGGUAAGAUCUUUUGAAGUGUGGCUGUAUAUGGUACAUAUCCAAAGUUAGUGCAUUAAAUACAGUAGAUGUCAGUCAGCAUGCCCCUGUUCGGUGAAACAGACUGGAGUCUGAUAUGGAAGCUAAGCUGCUGUACUGCUGUGGAAGGGUCAGCAACAAGAAAUAUUUUAGCCACCUAAAAAAAGUCCCACCUAAAAAUCAAUAACAAUUUAAAUUCAUACUAUACUGAGAAUAUUUUCACUGCUUCAUCUUAAUGCCAGACAGUGAUUUCCAACAGGAAAGUUAAGCCAUUCUGCUGUCUCUUCAAAGCCAGACUGCACUGACAAAAAGAGUAAUUUUAGCUCACUGAACAUGUGAGCUGCUGGUCUUCUGCCUUGAUUAGUUAUUUUGUUUGUGUUAUUGUGUGACUGUGGCAUUUAAAAGGGUUAGUUCGGAUUCAACGCAGUCAAAGACAAACUCACUGAUCGAAGCAACAGUAGACCAGCAGCUGCUGUGUUCAGUGUGCUAAAAUGACUGUUUUUCUUAAGAGAGCAUAGAUGGGGAACUGAAGCCAUGAAUGGCCUCCCUGUUGGAAGGAGCUUUCUGACGUAGAAGUUAAGUGGUGAAAAUACUCUGAAUAUUGCGUACACUUUAACUGUUUUUUUUUUUUUCUUUAAGUAGGACUUUUUAGGUCACUCAAAUAUAUUUUGCUGCCACCUGCUGUUCACAGCAAUACAUUGCUCAGCUUCUGUGUAGGCACUCAUGUUGCCAUCCCUAAUAUGCACUCUGUAAGCACAAUAUCAAGUGAAAGAAAGACAGGGCUUUAUCAUUGAAUUAGAUUGUGCUUUAUUGGUGCAUAUUUCCAGACAAAGCUUCACAUUUCAGAUAAAUUAAACGACGGAUCACAUGUAAACCAGUAAAUUAUUAAAAAGUAAGUUUAUAAAUGCCCCUUUGACAUUUUACAGAACACUGUACACUGCAUAAACCAACCUAAACUGUGUUUUAUGAUAAGGCUACAUCUCUCACCUUAUAUUUCAUCUCCUCCUAAUCAUAUCACCCACAGCUCUCCCUAGAAACACUGGUCUGAAGUGUGUGUGUGUGCAUUCUCACUGCACAUUCUUAUUCUAGUUAUACCAGUUUAUGUGUGGGAAAUGUUGUAAGCGUGGUUUUUGUGUGUAUGUAUCUGUACACAUCUGGCCACGGGUAGAAUCUGUUUGUGUAAUUUCUUCUGUCAGAUCUAAAAUGUUUCUUCCUUCAUGGUUUAUGUUGCCGCAGUUUGUGUUGCACAUUCCAAUUGGAAAUAUUGUUUUCCUACAUUUCGCUGCCUAUAUCAUAAUAAUCCCAGUGAUCCCAGGAUUGGGAGCCUGCAUAACUCAUACACAAGUAAAGAGAGAGCAAAUCUAAUCCCCUCAAAGAAUUCCUUUAACUCUUCAAACCAAAGAUGGCUUGAAUUUUUCAUGUGUGCCCCGUACUUCACUAGCUACACUUAAGCUGUCACAUCUGACAGAAUAGUCUCAGAGUGCAUGUAAAUGUGCGACAAAUCAAGAAUGUUUGACUCAUGUUUAGCUCUAAGAUGUAAAAUAUAGAAAGCCCAUGAUUGAAAUAAGUAACAUUGACUCUGAUAAAACACACACAACACAGAACAACACAGAAGUUUAGCACCCAUGGGACCAACACUGGGCCAGGAAUGGUCUCUGGAUAGUGCCCAAACUGGUAGUUAACCUGAAGACUGGGUUAUUUUUGCUUGUGUCUUCUUUUGGAUACAUUUGAAUUAUCUCUCCUGCACCAAACUCCUUCUUUCUUCAAAAUUGUAACUCGGGUGAACAUUUGAGUUUUAUUUUCAACUGUGAAAAGCUCAGUGUGUUAUUUGAGAGGAGUUAAAUGAAAGUAUACGUUAUUGUUCUACAAAGACUUGGUGAUGCAUUGGAAAAUCAAAGCACCUCAUUAAAAUGUGUGGCUGAUGCAGGAACAAAUGAGCAUUGUUUGAAAUUAAGUCUUGUUGAGCCCUGGGCCUUGCUUGUACACUGUACAUUUUGGAGAAUGUUUAUUUUUUUAUGGUUGUGUAAUUAAGCUCUUUGAGUGUGUGUGCUCUCUGGUUCUGUUACAGCAGCACAUAUUUUGGGGGGUUAGAACCUUGACAUUGAAAACUUUGGUCUGGAUAUUUUCUUCAGCUUGUACUUAUCUUAAUGUUUUUGAUAUGUACUAUUUAAACUGAUCUGGCGUCUUCAUCAGCUGGGUGGCCUAUGUGAAUGUUAUUUUGGAGUGUUUAGAUGGUGUAUUUUUUUUUUCAUAUGUUUUGAUGGAAGCCAUCUGUGUCUGUGCUGGACAUAGAGUUCUAUCAAUCUUCUCAUCUUACCCUGCUUUAGACAGUAAACACAAAUUUUCCAUGUUGUACUCUUGUAUAGAUAGAAAAAGGUCAGAGGUCCAAAGCAAAUGCUGUUUGUGACAGCAGUAAAUGGCCAUUCAUACAGACGGGCUGUCUCAGAGUCCUUUAUGUUAUGAGGUUAAAGUCCAUGUAUAAACGUUACUGAAGCUGCUUAAAGCAGGAGGAUAAAACACGCAAGAAAAUGUGGAUUCACAAAACUGUUAAAGUUCCUCUCCAGCCAUGAUUUACUCUGCUGUAAUUAUUAUUUUAUUUAACAUGGUUUCUCCACAUAAAGGCCCAGUGUGUAGAAUUGAGACGCAUCCAUUCGCAGAAAUAGUAUAAAAUAUUCAUAACUGUGUUUUGAGUUGUGUUUAAUCACCUGAAAAUAAUCAUAUUUUGUUAGCUUAGAAUGAGCUGUUUAUAUCUAUGUACAGAGUGGGUCCUCUUCUACCAAGUCUGCCAUGUUUUUUCUACAGUAGCCCAAGAUGGACAAAUAAAACACUGGCUCUAGAUAACGUCAUUUGUGUUUUCACAAUGGCCAAUGGACAUUUUACUUCUGUAACUUCACCGCUAGAUGCCACUAAAUCCUACACACUGGACCAGUGAUAUUUAACUUAGGGCCUGUGGCCGCAGAUCUGUUCUUUCUUGCCAGUGUUCUGUAGAAAUUGCUUUCCCCCUUUGAUAUACGUUUCUUGCAUUAGACAGUUAUUAGCUGCCAUAUCAGGUCUAUCUUGCUGCAAACUGCACAGAUACAGGUCAGAUAUUUGAUGGGACAUAAACAUAGGAAAAACACAUUUUUGAGCGGAGAGGGACUUACAGCCAAGACUAAAAGAACCUUAAGCAACAGUAAUGAAAGUAGCUGCACCAAAGUCCCCUCUAUGUCAGUACAUAUGCCAGGCCUGUUUCCAAGAGGGGAGAGGAGGCAGUGGAACAUUAAAAUACUCAUACUAAGUCAAACAUACAAGAUAUCAAGUCAACAUUGUGAGAUGUACCAUAUCUGUCAUGAUGCUGGCCACUUGAUUAGACUGCAUUAGUUUUAGCUAGGCGGACCUAAUACAACAGCUCUGCAAUGAAUCCUACCUUUAUGAAGGUUAUACUGAAUUGUAUAGCUUUAUACUGGAGGGUAUGUCAAAUAUUUGUCCAGCCCAUUUACAUCAGUGAGGCCAGGCUACAAAACAGAGACACUCUCCUGUAUAAUGCAGUGUGGUUCAACAGCACCACAAACCACAGCCUUUCAAAUGACCAUACAGUUAAAUCAACAUGUCUCUGAAAAUGUUUCUACACAAACAGCAGAACCGCCAUGAAGGAGGAUUUAUUGCAGGACUGUUUUAUUAGACUGACUUAGUUGUAGCUAGAUGGUCAGGAAAGUAAAUGUGAGAAUGAAAAUAAAAAUGUCAAGGUGAGGCUGAGUUUCUGCUGUAAUAGAACCAUUUCUUUCCUCAUGAUUUUGUCCACAUUUCUGGACUGAUUUUGUUUCAUUUUUACCUGGUUGAAAAGGUUUUAAAAGUUGAUUUUAUUAGAGUAAAUUAAGUGCCAAUGGUAAUAUUUUCAUGGAAUAAAAUGUUUCAACUACA